UCUCUCUCUCGCGUUCUUGUCUAAAGUUUUUAGCUUUAAAUCUCAGUGUCUCAGUGGUGGGUUAAUUUAGACAAGAAUCAAACAAAACAAUGGGAGACAAAGCAAAGAUCUUCACACUUUCAGAAGUUUCAGAGCAUAAUCAAGCUCAUGACUGUUGGCUUGUCAUCAAUGGAAAGGUGUACAAUGUGACCAAGUUCCUUGAAGACCAUCCAGGUGGGGAUGACGUUCUCUUGUCUUCAACAGGUAAGGAUGCAACGGAUGAUUUUGAGGACGUUGGCCACAGCGAGAGCGCAAGAGAAAUGAUGGAGCAGUACUACGUAGGAGAGAUUGAUCAGACAACAAUCCCAAAGAAAGUCAAAUACACACCUCCCAAACAGCCUCACUACAAUCAAGACAAGACCUCUGAGUUCAUUAUCAAGAUCCUCCAGUUCCUCGUACCCCUUGCCAUUCUCGGUUUAGCAGUCGGGAUUCGCAUAUACACCAAAUCAGGGUAGGCUCCUUCUUCGUUUUUUUCCUGAGCAUUACUACUACCAUAUAUCUUAUAUUUAGAGAGAAAGAUUUAAGUCUUUUGAAAAGACAAAUCUGAAAGCCUCUCCCUUUGUUCUUGUCUCUGCUCCCAUAUUUUGUUGCUUGAAUGUGUUUUGGACUAUUUCUUACCUGCAUAUGAACAACAGUCUUGUUGGUGGUUUUGCCUUAUGCAACUAAUGACAUCUCAUCUAUAAUGAAACCCAAGUUACGACUAA